CUUGGCGGAAGGUCCUUGUUGCUAGGAGACAAGAUGCGUCUUUCGGCUCUCCAGCCGCCUGUGACCUGAGCGCUUUUGGCGAAGGACUGAGGUCCAAGGCCCCAUUACCUUAGCUCCAGAAGGUCCCUGAAGGGGAACUUUUUCCUUCUAAUUUCUCACAAGCGGGCCGUGGCGGCAGGCAGAGGCUCCUUGCCUGCACCCAGUCCGCAGCACAGCCAUGCCUAAAAAAGGAAAAAAGCCCAAGUUACCCCUGACGGACGAAGAGCAGCUGAUUUUAUUUCAGCAGAAGUUGUUGGCCGACGAGGAGGCAGCCAAGAAGAAAGAGAGGCUCCUCACGCAGUUCUUGAAGGACAAGUUGGCCAAAGAAGAACACAACAGCUCUCUGAACCUUAAUAAGAUUAAUACGCAGUGGAGAACCGUCCUCAGGGAGGUCAAGACCAGAGAGCUUCACAAGGACAUUGAGAUCCUCAGCCAAAUCUUUGAACGAGUGGUGGACUGCAAAGACAGUGUCAUUAAGUCUCUGGCGAGGGACCUGACUGAAGCUGAGGAGCAAUACGCCCACGCUCUGCGCGGCCACUUGCACAACGUUGACCAGCUCUUGACCCUGCAACGACGCAGGCUCAGCCUCCUGGAGGAAAAUUACAACAUGGAGCUGGAGGUCCUAACCAAAGAGUUUGAGACCGAAAGGAAAGCAAUCCUUGACCAUCACGAUAAGGAAAUCCACUACCUGCACGACGUCUUCAUGGCCAUGGAGCAGAACUAUGUGGACUCGGAGUAUGAAAGCAAGCUAGAAUUCCAGAGCAUGUGGGAUGACCUGAAAAACAAGAAUUUAGAAGAGAAGCACUUUCUUCGCCUACAACUGGAGAACGUAGUGGAAGACCUGUGGAGGAGGUUCCAGGAUGCACUCAAGAAUUACACAGAUGCCACGGAGGACCGCAAGAUCGCCUUUGAGACCCUGAAGGUGAAGGAUGAGAAAAGCUCUAAAGAGAUUGAGGUGCAGAUGAAGAAGAUCCAGAGGCUGCAGGAGGCCAUCAGUGCCUUGAAAGGGAAGAUCGUAGCCCACAGCCGCGAAGGUGAAUGGCAGAAUCAGUGUAUCCGAAACGACAAGGAGCUGGUCCACGUGCAGCUUCGAAAACUUAAGAUCCAGAGGACCCAGGCCCGGACCGAAUCUCAGGAGAACUUAGUCAAACUCACCCUGGAAAGUAACGCCACCCUCAAGGCCCUGAAAAAGGUUGUGGAGAAGGUAAAGGAUAGAGAGAGGUCAAUGGGGACAAAACCAAGAAACCUGGCUGGUGAAAACCGGAUUCAGGGAGGCGUGGGGGCGGGGCCUCGUGUUGGGCGGGGCCUACCCCUCUCCCUCAUACAGUGGACACUCUUUUAUCUUUCUCCACCCUCUCUUUUAAAUGAAGUCAUUGGGAUUUUCGGCUUCCUGAGUACCCCCUCUCUGCUUCGCAGAGGGCCUUUUUCUCCGUGUCUGCUGCACGUUUGUGGUUUCCUCAAUAAACACCGUCUGUCAUCUCCUUGCUGUUUCUGUCCAGCGCUUGGAUUUCUCUGCUGCUGUCUGUUACACUUCAGAUCUUCCCUGCCUUUUAAUUCUUCAACUGGCAGAGGAAAGGAACUCAGCCCCCAGGCUGUGUUAUUUCUAGGCUGCAUCAUUAUGGGGUUUGUCCCUGGAUUUCUUCUGAAGACAGUGUCAUUCUGGGACCUCACCCUGGGAUUUCUUUUGAGGACUACUGACUUAUGGAGAUGCUACUUGUCCCAGAGAUAGGCUAUCACCAAAUGGGUGUCUUAAUCAUUACCAUUGGUUAGGUUUUGUGGCCCUUUAGACCUCCCCUGUGGCCCCUUCGCUGGCUUGAAGCAGCUAAAAGCAGCAGUCAUCACCCCCAAACCAUCUAAGAGCAGUUAGGGUAGCCUCUGAGAUGGGGACAGGGGGGGGGGGAUGAGAGACCAGGUUCCCUGGUAAGUUAGACAGAGAAGGAGAGAAGGAGCCAUACUAGGUAAUAAAGGUGGCCGCUUCUGUCUCCCACCAGCAGUCCCCUGCUGAUGGACUGGCUCAGGACAUGUCACAGAACAAUUAAGGACCAAAUCGACCAUUCUGACUUCAAACUGCUCAACCCUAAAGUAGGGGAGGAGAGGUCUUCAAGCUUUAACCCCAUCCCACCUGUACUCUCAAGAAAAGACUGGACGUUGGGCUUCCCAAAUGCCCCCUCUGCUGUGCAGAGAGGCUCUCCCUCUGUGUGUCUGCUGCAGUUUUCCUCAUCCCCAAUUAAGACCUUUCUUAACUGAAAGGAAAAAAGGAAUAGUGAUGAAUUGUUUGUGGUAAGCAUAUGAAAUGCUAGGGUAGUGCUUUGCAAGCACGGCGUCAAAUGUGUUUCCCACAGAGCAGCUUUCCUGGGCUGGAGCAGAAAAACAUUUGUUUUCCCUAAACCAGCUCUUCUUAACCCCUCACAGGGUGAGAAGAUCCUUAAGCUUGCCGAGAUAUGUAGGAAA